UUUAACGUUACUGGUGGGGCGCUCAUUAGCAGUGGGUCAUUUCCGCUAAAGUCCACAGGAGAUGCGGAGUCGUUAUUUUAGUUAUAGCUAGCUAGUUAAUAAGUUAGCGCUUUGCUCAUAUUCUCCUUUCAGGGUGCUGGUGUAGAAAUGGUGGCUUACUAUCUUCAUUUGAAGCUGUCACCUGUCCCAAUGUUCUGCAAUGUUAAAAGUGCACCAUUCGGUCUGUAGCACCAGUGUUAAUUACUAGUGGUCAUUUAGUGAUGGAAGUGUUGCUUUUCAUUAGCAAUUAAAUAUAUAAUUUUUUUCCAUUUUUUAUUUAGGUAAAGUAGUAAAACCCCAGUGCAGAAGUCCUGCAUUUACAUUCACAUGAAAUAGUCUAAGGAUUUUUAGCAUUCCCCCACCUCGUUUGGAGUAUUCCUGUGCUCCCUGGCCAGCUGGAAGAUGCAAAUCCCUCCACGGUUUCCAAGUGGUGGCGUUCAGCAUCGCGUACAACCAGAACAAGCAGCUGAUAGGCGAGCACGGCCUAAUGCCCUGCAAGAGCUACCUGAACAGCGUGAAGCGCUACGUGGGAGGAAGGAUAGGCCCGGCCGCCUUCGCCUACACGCCCUCCGUCCUCUGGCUCUUAGACUGGAGUGACAUGGAUGCCAACCUGGAUGGGAUCGCCCUGGGGGGGAUGGCGCUGUCUGCGUUCGUCCUCGUGACGGGAAUGGCCAAUAUGGUGGUCAUGGUCACGCUGUGGGUGCUUUACCACUCCCUGGUCAGCGUGGGACAGCUGUGGUACUCCUUCGGCUGGGAGAGCCAGCUGUUGGAGACGGGAUUUCUGGCCAUUUUCCUGUGUCCGGUGUGGACUCUGUCCCAGGUCCCCCGCCGCUGCCCCCCCUCCCUCAUCUGCAUCUGGACCUUCAGAUGGCUCAUCGUUCGCAUCAUGCUGGGAGCUGGUCUCAUCAAAAUCCGAGGCGACAACUGCUGGAGAGACCUCACCUGCAUGGACUACCACUACGAGACCCAGCCAGUUCCCAACCCCAUGUCCUACUACCUGCACUGCUCCCCGUGGUGGAUCCAUCGUUUCGAGACGCUCUCCAACCACCUCAUCGAGCUCAUCUUCCCGCUCUUCACCUUCUUGGGCAGGAGGAUGCGAACGUUCAACGGAGCAGUCCAGAUCCUGUUCCAGGUGGUUCUGAUAGUGAGUGGGAACCUGAGUUUCCUUAACUGGCUGACCAUUGUUCCCAGUCUGGCCUGUUUUGAUGACGCAUCGCUGGGCUUCUUGUUUCACUCUCGAGGUGGAGCCAAGAGGGCAGUGCUCGAGUUGCAGAAUGAGGCUUCAGCUGGACGCACUCCCAAACCCACCAAAGGUAUGUUGAUACGCCGGGUGGUGAACAUCUCUUUGGGCGUUCUGAUUGGCUGCCUGAGCAUUCCGGUGGUGAUGAACCUGUUGAGUUCCAGGCAGGUGAUGAACACGUCCUUCGACCCGCUGCGCAUCGUCAACACCUACGGGGCCUUUGGCAGCAUCACCAAGGAGCGGACCGAGGUGAUUUUCCAGGGCACUCUGAGCCGGGACCCCAAGGACCCUGAGGCGCUGUGGGAGGAGUACCAGUUCCUGUGUAAGCCGGGGGACAUUUACCGGCGGCCAUGCAUCCUAUCACCGUACCACUACCGGCUGGACUGGCUCAUGUGGUUUGCUGCCUUCCAGACCUACGAGCAGAGUGAGUGGGUGAUCCACAUAGCGGGACGUCUGCUGUCCAACGACAGCGCGGUCCUCUCGCUGCUCGACCGCAACCCCUUCCAAGGCAGAGACACUCCCAGGUGGGUUCGAGGGGAACAUUUCAGGUACAAGUUCAGCCAGCCGGGCAGCAGCAGCGCGGCUGAGGGGAAGUGGUGGCUGAGAAAACACAUCGGAGCCUACUUCCCUCCCGUGGACCUGGAAGGACUGAGAGGCUACUUCCAGUCCCGGAGCUGGCCCCACCCGCACGUAGCGCCAGGCAGGAGCUAGAGCCAUGACGCCUGACUACAGUAUCAGGGGGGGGGGGGGGACCUGAGGUCUGCAGUGGUGGAGAGAGAGGUCGUAUUCAGUGCGGUGUCGCUGGUGUGGAACACAGGUUUAAAGGACCACGGAUGCUAUCAGGUGUUUUUUUUUUUUUCCAUAUGUCAUGAAGAACUGCUUCAUAAAACCUAAUAUUUACUCAAAUAAUGUGAUGCUUUUCAAGGUUUCAUUAAAGGAAUGAAUCCAUGAAUCACAAAUACAUUACUGCCCCGUGUAUCACACAAAAACAAUGAGUAUUGAAUGUGACUUGACUAACGUUUCAACAUUAAAGCUGCUUCAAUUUAAAUUGUGAUUUCCCUUCAACCUUUCCCCUCUGAUGAGGAGUGUCGGGGCAAAACAUUUCAGGACUGUUUCUGUGUCGCCUCGCAUUGACCCGCUCAGCUGGGGGUUUAGACAGGGCUACGUUAGCCGCUGCUAGCACAACACACACACCACAUUUUCAAUGAGGUGACAGAACGUGUGGAACAAAGAAGAAAAGAUCUUUAGUCUUCGUGAGUCUAUGUUUUUAGCCGUUCAAUGCUAAAUUGGAGGUAUAAUCUUUUGAUGGAACGUUCCAGACGUCGACUUUCACCAGGUGCACUCAGUCUGUUCCACCUUUUCCUCACAUCAAGCCUCACCUGUCCCUCAUCAGCCCCGCUGUGUUCAUACACUGGCCUCUCUUCCUUUGACACAUUGUCCGUUGUGCCGCUGCAGCAUCCUGCCUCUAUUCUUGUGUGCUUGCCUUUUCAUGAUUCCUGCCCUCUUCUGUUUUCUGGAUUUCUUUACCCUCAGACUGUUUACUGUCUUCCAAGUUGAGAUCAGUUGCAAUUGAGGGUGUAUUUAGUUCAAUAAGUGGGACUUUACCCUCACAACUCAAACUGGAUCAUAAAGGGAUCAUUUACAUCAAAGGUGAAACUGAUUUCACUAGUAGACGCCAGUGUACUCAAAUGCAAAAAAAAAAGUCACGUUUCCAUAUCUUUGAGCUUUUUAAUGCCCGACAGGCUGUUGACAUCCAGAUAUUUAUCAAUUGUCUCUGAAAUGGCUUUACAAAGGGAAUUUGUCUCACCAGCACUAUUUAUACCAACCAAUCUCUAAUUGGCUCCAUCACCACAACUACUGAUAUUUAGAUUAAAUAUAAUCAGUCCUAGGCAGAUGUGUAUGGAAUCAGGUGAGUAUAUUUGACAAUAAAGCUCAUUUAAAUGAGAAGGUUUGAGUUGAUUAUGAAGAAAAACCAAUCAGAAAUUAAAAAUAAAAGGAAAAGUGUGUACGAAAUGUUUUCAUUAACAUGGAGUUCUAGUGACGGGAGGAGGACACUGGAUGGUGCCGUUCUCCAGCUCAUUCAUCCAUCUGGGCUUUGUGGUUCACUGCGGCAUUCAUCACUGCUCCUCAAAGUUAAUCGACCUGCACUGAGUCUGGUGUUGUGUACGUCCCUUCUGUCCGUUAUGCCAAUAACAUUUUACCCAGCAAAACCAUAUAUAUUUGUCCCAAAUAAUAAUGUCUGCAAAUAUAUGGAAACAUAUUUUGAAUAUUUGUCUUCCUAAUGUAUCAAACCCUCCUCUGACUCGUGAAUGUCUCUGAUUUGAUAUCGUUGCUCUACCAA